AUAAACGAAAGCAUGGCGCCCAAGUAGAACAUUCCACCAGCGCCCGACAGCAAGCCAACAAGCUCCAGCUCCUGUUUCUCUCUCAAUCUAUUUCCACUUCGAAGCCGAUAGACCCGACCGCGCCGCGCAUCCGGGAUGACGGAGCAGAAGAACCAGGUGACGCGCGCUGCUCCGGAGCAGAGCAACGACUACCGGGUGGUGGUCUUCGGAGCCGGCGGCGUGGGCAAGAGCUCGCUGGUGCUGCGCUUCAUCAAGGGCACCUUCCGCGAGAGCUACAUCCCGACCAUCGAGGACACCUACAGACAGGUCAUCAGCUGCAACAAGAACAUCUGCACGCUGCAGAUCACGGACACCACGGGAUCCCACCAGUUCCCGGCCAUGCAGAGGCUGUCCAUCUCGAAGGGACACGCCUUCAUCCUGGUCUACUCGGUGUGCUCCAAGCAGAGCUUGGAGGAGCUGCGACCCAUCUGGGCGCUCAUCAAGGAGCUGAAGGGAGCUGACAUCCCGAACAUCCCCGUCAUGUUGGUGGGCAACAAGUGUGAUGAGACAGCCGAGUUGCGAGAGGUCUCCCAAGCAGAGGGCCAGGCGCAGGCGACCACCUGGAGCAUAUCCUUCAUGGAGACGUCGGCCAAGACGAACCACAACGUGACCGAGCUGUUCCAGGAGCUGCUCAACAUGGAGAAGACGCGCACCGUCUCCCUGCAACUGGACACCAAGAAGCAGAAGAAGCAGAAGAAGGAGAAGAAGUCCAAGGACACAAACGGCUCGAUUCCGGAGAACGGCGACGCGGGGGCCAGUGCCAGCGGCGGGGCCAAGGAGAAGUGUCGCGUUAUGUAAGCAUCGGAUGGCGAGAUGGCAAAGGCAUGUGACCCGGGUCAGAUUGCGUCGAGCUGAAGUGAACGGAGACGGUGACAGACAAAUACUCGCCUUGGGGCAGCAGCGUGGGGUGGGUGGCGGUGGGGUCGCCU